AUGGCAGGUCUGAAAGACGAUGAAUGCAGAAGAAAAUUCCGCCAACGUGUGUCUAUUCAUGUUGGAGUAUGGACCAGGAAGAAGCUUAGCGAUGCAGAUUCUUCCACAAAGUGCAUCCAGGACGCUGCAAGGGAAACGCUCCCGGUUUUAUUGCCGCGGAAGAAGUUUGCCUUUGCACCUGCAGAAACAAAAUCCACAUACAAUUCCCUGCAACAAGACCGCGAUAACGAGUGGACGUCAAGAGCGAUUGAGUUUGAGAAGGAGUGGGAGGACAGGAACACGCGGAAAGCCUACGCUCUACUAAAACAGUAUAGCGGCAAAAUGAAAAGAUUUUCUCCUGUCCUCAACACUGCCAAUGGAGUAGCUGUCGGUGAAGCAACCCUUCCAAUUUGGAAGGAACAUUUCAAGACCUUGCUGAACCGGCUAGCACCGUCAGCUCCUGAACUCGAGCACGUUCGUAGACCGACAUACGUGGUUAACGAGGAGCCACCGACCGAGUCGGAGGUUCUAGUCUGUAUUCAAAAAAUGAAGGAUAGAAAAUCCGGUGGAGAGGACGGGAUUAGCGCAGAAAUGCUAAAAUAUCUUCCUCCGUCUAGUAUUCGUGAGAUGACAAGGAUCAUUCUCUCAAUGUGGAUUCACGAAAGGAUACCUGACUCGUGGAGACACGCUAUCAUAAUUCCCCUCCACAAGAAGUUAUCCGUCACGGCCUUAAGGAGGAUAAUCGAGAUCUGGCAGCGGUAUUCCAAGUCAAUGCAAUUAGCGUUUCAGGACUUUGAAGCCGCGUUCGACUCGCCUCACCGAGGCCGUCUUCUCUGCGCCGAUGGAGUAUCAGGAAAGUUCGUUCGCUUGCUUGAUGACAAUAAUCAACGAACAACUGCUGCACUUCGAACACCAGCCGGAUGUACAACACCGUUUGAAGUGGUAACUGGAGUAAGACAAGGUGCAGUGGCAGGACCUUUCCUGUUCAAUUUCGCAAUCGACGACAUUAUGCGAAGAACAGUCGACCAGUGUCCUGCCGACAUUGUCUUAGCACCAUCAGGACCUCGAACGGGAAUCAGGGUGGACGGACAACCGAUAGAACUUGUCGAUGAGUUCUGUCACCUGGGUUGUACACUGAAGAACAACGGCAGCUACGCGAGAGAUGUUCAGCAAAGAUGCGCUAAGGCCACUCCAGCAUUUAACUCCUUAAUGAAAUGCUUGUGGUCGACACCCAUCACCAACGAAGUCAAGCUGCGAGUCAACCUAACCGCAAUUCGUCCCAUCAUGAUGUACGGAUCGGAGACUUGGGCAGCACCAUCAACGGUUAUGGAGAGGCUUGAUUGCACGGAACGAAAGCUGUUUAGACGGCUACUUGGCUACUUUUGGCCUAGGGUAUGCCACAAUGAACAUCUUUACGCAGAAAUUGAUGGAGACCGGAAGUUUUGGACAGGACACUCGGCGUCGAAUAGGCAGUUCAGGCGAGACGUAAGGUUUCGAAGAAUAUGGAAUAGCGACGAAUGGAUUGAUUCUGUGCAAGCUCUCGCAGAAGAUCGAGAAGGUUGGUCAGAGCUGUGUUCAAGGGCGGCACACGAACGCGAAGAUGCAGGCUUAGAAAUGGAGUAUCCGGGAGGUAGAAAUCAGCAUUUUCGACACCUGCUCUUCUUCGCUUUUCAUCGAGGCCAAAAAGCUGCUGAAGCAGCCCGGGACAUUUGCAAAGUACACGGAGAAGGUGCCAUAGGCAAGUCUACAGCACGGAAAUGGUUUGCAAACUUCAAAAAUGGCGAUUUUAACGUCGACGACUCGGCUCGUUGCGGAAGACCUUCUGACCUUGACGAAGAACGCCUAACCGCACUUUUGAAGGAGAACGGAAUGUCACGGCCCCAUGUUGCACAAGUCGUCAAAGCUGCAUUCCAAGAGCUCGAAUGGGAGGUCCUUCAGCAUCCGCCGUAUUCUCCGGACCUUGCACCGACGGAUUACCAUCUUUUCCGCUCCCUGUCGAACCAUAUGAGGGGCGUUACCUUCGACAAUGAAGAGGACCUUGAAAACUGGCUCAACGACUUCUUUGAUACCAGACCGGACAAUUUUUGGCGGAACGGCAUCAACAAAUUGCAUGAUGUAUACAAAGUGGAAACGAUAGGUGACGCUUAUAUGGUUGUUGGAGGUGUGCCUGAUCCAUGCGACAAUCACUCCGAGAGAGUGCUCAACGUUUCAAUAGGGAUGUUAAUGGAAUCAAAGCUUGUACUCUCGCCUAUAACCCAUAAACCUAUCAAAAUUCGAGUGGGGGUUCAUGCUGGACCAGUGGUGGCUGGAGUAGUCGGGAUGAAAAUGCCAAGAUAUUGCUUAUUCGGAGACUCUGUCAAUGUUGCAAACAAAAUGGAGUCGUGUGGUAUUCCUGUCAAAAUUCAUGUUUCUGAGCCAGCAAAAAGCAAUGCGUUGCGCACAAACCAGAACUUUGUCUUCAUCGAUCGAGGAUUAACAGACAUUAAGGGAAAAGGAGUUAUGUACACUUACUUUCUAGAGAGGAACGAUCGAAAAAGUGUUUGGGAGUUGUGUGCUCGUCCCAGAACAGGUGAACAGACAAUUGACGGUUACAUGGAACUACAUGACUCUUCCAUAUAUCAAGAAGAUGGUCCGAUUACGCACGUGGCUGCUAAAGUUGGACGAGUUAGGCUACGGAACUCUGCUUCACCCACUGUAUUCGCCGGAGCUUUCACUACCCAACUAUUACUUUUUGAAACAUCUGUACAGCUGCGUAAGAGGCUCCCAAAUGUCGGACUUCUACGGACUUUUAUGCAGCAGGAAUGUGCAUCUGUGUGUAGUUGUAUCUCGUUGACAAAGGCAAGUAAGAUAGAGCCAUUUUACGGAGCAAUGAAGAACAAAGAAGCGCAACACCAAUAUAAGGAUUCUACGCCUACUAAGAUCAUCAAGAAGGUAAAUCACGUAGGUGAGGACACGAAACCACAAGAGAAAGCAGUCAUUUGCGAACUCCAUUCAGUACGGAAGACAAAAGGCUCCAGUAACACAUUCCUACCGGCUGGAGAACUAACGCCGACGACCUUCAUCUCCCCACUCUUGAAGACACAAAAAUACGUCUGCACACGUUUGGACCGGAACAAGUGCAAGAAAAAAAUAUGCCGCAGGGUUCAACUAGAAGUCUGGGAUGUGGAAGGACAAUCAAUGUCUCUGUCACUCCUCAUACAUGAUGUCCUCACAAAAUCCUUCGGCACUCCGCCAAUACGUGAAGAGGACGUGAAGUUCAUCCGCAAGUUGAUCCUUCCUAUUAAGCUCACAAGAGAGAAGUCGACAGUUCAACCGCUGGCUCUCCUUGGUUGCGACCAGCUGUGGUUAUUGAUUAGAGACGACCAAUCUCAGCUUCACCUGCCCUCAGGACUUCAUCUUCUUCCCUCUCGCUUGGGUCAUUUGUUAACAGGUCAACUUCACCGACCUUUGAACGAAUCCAACAAUCAAGACGAACUUGACAAGUGGAAGGGCUACUGGACGUUAGAUGGACAAGCGAACGUGGUUUCGUCUUGA